CAGGCAUGGUGAGGACCUCAUUUCCAUUGGAACAUUGGAAGGCAAGGGAGCGAUAACAGGAAGCUAUUGUACUUCCUCUUGCAUCUUCCGAUCUUCCUCCCUCCAUUCCCCGGCCUCCCUCUUCGCGACCACACGUGCGACCUCACCGUCCGUCUCGCGUUUUAGGUCACCACCUCUACUCUACCUCUCAGAUUGCCAGCUAGUACCAGGCAUACAAACCAUUUUUCAAUUCAAUUCAGACCAACAAUAAUCCAGCCAUACCACCCAACCCCAAAAUGGCGUCCACCGAACCUCAGUCAACCUUGGAUGCCGUCCCAGAACCGCAAUCCACUACUGCCCCGGCUCCCACCACCACCACACCCACCACACCCCUCCCAACCUCCAUCGUCAUUCUCGGCGGCAACCUCGCCGGCCUGGGCGUGCUACACACCCUCGCCCGACACACCAUCCCCGCCCUCCAGCGCCUUCCGUCUCAGCCGCAAUACAAAAUCACCCUCAUAACCCCCAACAGCCACUUCUUCUUCAAGCCCGCCUCGCCUCGCGCGCUGAUCCACCCCGACCUCUUGCCGGGAGGAGAGGAGCAGAUCUUCAGGGACUUGUCCGACGCUGUGAAGCAAUAUGGCGACCUGGCAACCGUAGUGAAAGCCUAUGCCACCGCCGUGGACACGUCCAAGAAGGAGGUUACGAUUAAGCACGUGGACACGAAUUCACCAUCCGACUCUGAAGGAACCUCCGCGGUCCGGUAUGACGUCCUGAUUAUCGCCACGGGAACCAAAGCGCGCUCGGCGCUGUGGACCAUGCCCGGCCAGGGAACGGAGGGGUUACACGCGGCCGAAGAUGCGACCAAGCGCGAGUGGGAACGGCUCAGGACCAAGUUGAAGAACUUGCAGGCCAGCACGCACCCGCAUCACUCCAUCCUGAUCGCAGGCGGCGGACCAGUGGGCGUGGAAACCACUGGAGAGAUUGCCACUCUACUAAAAGCCAUGGGAAAAACGGAGGGUGUCACCAUCACCUUGCUUUCCGGCUCUGAUCGCCUGCUCAAUCGCAACUGUAACGAGAGCUUGGGCCGCAAAGCAGAGGCAUACCUUAAGAAGAACUUUGGCUCCUUGGUGGAAGUGAAGCACGGCAUCAAGGUCGUUUCCGCCUCCGAUGCUGUUAUCGAAGGGGGAGAGCAGACCGAAACUACGGUGGAACUCAGCGACGGCACCACCCGCACCGUAGGCUUGUACAUUGACGCCACGGGCGGUUCAGGAAACGCCGACGGCUUCUUGCCCCAAACCUGGCUCGACGCUUCUUCGCGCGUCAUCACCAAAGAUGACUUCUUCCGUGUGCGCGGCAGCGGCAGUUCGGAGGAAACCGAUCAUCAGGCGGACGGCAUCUACGCUGUAGGCGACGUCGUCUCGGGAAGCGAUAACACGCUCAUCUCCACCAACUUCCAGGUCCCCGUUGUCUGCUCUAGCAUAGGGGUUGACCUUGCGACCAAAAUCCUCCAUUCUGAAGGUGGUGAGAGCCAGACUAGUAGUGUCAAGUUACCUGCCGCCCUCAAGCAAAAGACGUUCAAGAACAAGAUGGCUGGAACGCUGUUGGUGCCCAUUGGCCCCGGUGGAGGCGUGGGACAGAUUCUGGGGUGGGGGGUGCCGAGCUUGAUGGUGAAGACUGCAAAGGCCAAGAACUUCCUGGUUGAUAUGGUUGAGCCGGCUGUUACAGGAAGCCAGUGGAAGUAGGAUGUGGAAAUGUGGGAGUGAUAGACGGGAGUAAUGGGUACUGGAUGGUAGAUACUUAACCGUGGAUGAUAGUAAUUCUAGAGAACAAACAGAGGUAAUGAUGGAGAGUCGUUAAGAACGGGGUAAUGGACAAUGGGGUAAUGGAUUCGAAAAAGUCAGGUUAUGACGGACGACAGGAACAUUUCAGGUUACGACCAGAGGGCAGGCAGAGCAAACACUCUGAAGAUACCCAGCACGCGAGACACACAGAUACACCACCACUCAGUAACUUACCUACCUACGCUACCUACUUGAUCAUACCUAUACAAGCUAAUACUACAUUUUCUUCGUUCCUUUUAG